GCCGCAUCAAAGAGACCGAAUUCCCGCGGCCUGGGGGGGAGUCAUGCUUUGCGGUUUGUAAUGUCAGCGGAACAGGAGAAGGAUCCCAUUUCGCUGAAGAGAGUUCGAGGUAACCGAGACGGGCGCCGGAUUGAGGGGGUCGGGAGAGCGGGGUGCGCGGGGGCCGCGUGCCCGGCCGCUCGGAGGCCACCGGCCUCUGUCCGGGCCUAACUCCGUGCAGCCCGCAUCCCGCCUGAGACCCGGGGCCGAGGCUGCGGUCGGAGGCGCGUGGCUCCGGCGCCCGCUCGCCCCCUAGACACCCGCGCGGAGCCCUCGCCUCCCCGACUUUGUGGUAGGAGGCAGUUGAAGCCGCGCUCAGCAUCCCUUCGUCCCCCGCUCCUCUUCCACCUUAUCUCAUUCGCAAGACACAGCACAAUAGGUACAUCAGAGGGCGAGAAAGAAACACCCGCUAGCAGAGACCACGAACGAUGCCCACCCCCCCAAAAAGUGGUGAUAGUGGACUGGAUGGGUUAGGAGGACCAGGUGUACAACUGGGAAGCCCAGAUAAGAAAAAAAGAAAGACAAAUACACAGGGGCCUUCUUUUCCUCCACUGUCUGAGUAUGCUCCACCACCGAAUCCAAACUCUGACCAUCUAGUGGCUGCUAAUCCAUUUGAUGACAACUAUAAUACUAUCUCCUAUAAACCACUACCUUCAUCAAAUCCAUAUCUUGGCCCUGGUUAUCCUGGUUUUGGAGGAUAUAGCACAUUCAGAAUGCCACCUCAUGUUCCUCCAAGAAUGUCUGCCCCAUACUGUGGUCCUUACUCACUCAGGAAUCAGCCACACCCAUUUCCUCAGAAUCCUCUGGGCAUGGGUUUUAAUCGGCCUCAUGCUUUUAACUUUGGGCCACAUGAUAAUUCUAGUUUUGGAAAUCCAUCUUAUAAUAGUGCACUAAGUCAGAAUGUUAAUAUACCUAACCAACAUUUCAGACAAAAUCCUGCUGAAAACUUCAAUCAGAUUCCUCCACAGAAUGCUGGCCAGGUAUCUAAUUCUGACUUGGCAUCUAACUUUGUCCCCGGAAAUAAUUCAAAUUUUACUUCUCCAUUAGAAUCUAAUCAUUCUUUUAUUCCUCCUCCAAAUACUUUUGGUCAAGCAAAAGCACCACCCCCAAAACCAGACUUUAAUCAAGGAGCAACCAAAAACACUAAUCAAAAUUCCUCUGCUCAUCCACCUCACUUAAAUAUGGAUGACACAGUGAAUCAGAGUAAUAUUGAAUUAAAAAACGUUAAUAGAAACAAUGCAGUAAAUCAAGAGAAUAGCCGUUCAAGUAGCACCGAAGCUACAAACAACAGCCAUGCAAAUGGGACACAGAAUAAGCCACGACAACCUAGAGGUGCAGCAGACACGUGCACCACUGAAAAAAGCAAUAAAUCCUCUCUCCACCCAAGCCGUCAUGGCCAUUCUUCUUCCGACCCAGUGUAUCCUUGUGGAAUUUGUACAAAUGAAGUGAAUGAUGAUCAGGAUGCCAUCUUAUGUGAAGCAUCUUGUCAGAAAUGGUUUCAUCGGAUCUGCACUGGAAUGACUGAAACAGCUUAUGGCCUGCUAACAGCAGAAGCAUCAGCAGUAUGGGGCUGUGAUACUUGUAUGGCUGAGAAAGAUGUCCAGUUAAUGCGCACUAGAGAAACUUUUGGUCCACCUGCAGUGGGCAGUGAUGCUUAAUCACAGGCAUUAACUGAAGUGGGGUUUUCUCCCCUUGUGUAUUACAAAGGUUCAGUGACACAGGAUUUUAAAUGUUUUACAAUAUUUUUUUAAAUGCACAUGCAAAAAGAUUAUUUACUUUUUUUUUACUACUAUUCCACUUCAUUACUAGUGCAAAUUUUGUAGUCUUCAUUUGCUAUCUUAAAUGAGAGUAAUGUAUAUGAGGGUGCUUUAGAAAGUACUAUACAAAUAAAUGCUAGUUGUUCUUAAUCAAAAAAGCCUCUUGAAGUUUCAAAAUAAUAUAUAGCAAAUGCAGGCAAGUUUUGACUUUUAAAAGUUAGCACCAUUGAAGAAUGUGUAUUUCAGUGAUGAACUUGGGCGAUUCCAUAUUGAACAUUUAUUUCAAAAACUUUUUCAAGGAUUCAUUUAACAUGUUUUCAGAAAAAAAAAUAUAUGUAGCUAUCACAUGGAAGAAAAUAUACAUUUUAAUAGGUGUUUUUAAAAAUAACAAAGUAUGACACCAUAUUGCUCCCUGACUAGGGUCCUUGAAAUUAGUGACUUUCAUAUUUCAAGCCAAUCUCUUCAGGAUAUCUGUUUAUACAGAUAUGAGACUAGUGUUAGCCUAUAGUAGAUGCUCAGUAUGUAUUUGUUGAUUAACUUGUGAAUUGUACCACAUGAAAUUGCUAAUAUUAGAUCAGUUGAAAAUUGACUUCAGUUACUAGAGUUGACAAAGUAUGUUAUUAGUUGUGCUAUGUAGAAUUGUAACAGUAUUAGGCUUUUCUUCAUUUUCUUUGAUUAUUGGUUGUUUUGUUACUGUUUUCCAGAGAAAUAAAUAAUAUAGUAGUCUCAGGAGAAUUGUGAACACUUUUAAAAACAUGAUUCCAAUCUGGAAUAUACUGCAAAUGAGAUGGGUAGAAACAUAAAUUUGGCUUUAGAGUGCUCUGCGGGCUAAAAAACAACUCACUGACAGUUUGAAAAAUCUUGUUCUGGGGAGGUGAAUUAAAAAAUGAGCCUUAAGGGAGAUCAAAAUUCAUUUUAAGCAAAGGUCAGUUUAAUAGCUAAGGUGUAAGCUAACUUACAAACAACAAUUUAAGGCCUUACAGCAAUUUUGCUGUGACUGGGGAAAGUAUAAAAAUGGAUCUGAGUGUGUCCUCUUAAGAGAUGAUAAAGAAUGGAAACGGCUGGAGGUGAACUAGUUAAGAUUCAAAACAUCAGAAAUCCAGUUGUGGGAGUGGAUCAUAACCCGUGACCAAAAUGACAUUUAAUAGCAAUUUAUACGAUGGUUAGAUGUCAUUGAGGCUCCCAAACCUGCGCCAUCUUCAUCGGAACCAAAAAAGUUCUGAAGACCAUGUGGUAAUCUGAAAGGGAUAAUUAAUCACUACUAUUUAAACCCUGAUGAACAAUAACAGCAGCAUAUUGACAAGAAGCUAAAAUUAGGCCUGAAAAAUCUGACUUAGAAAAUAUCUUUUGGUUAAUAGCCCAAUUAAUUGAAUUGGGCUAUUUUGUCAUGUCCAUGUUAGUCCCCAAGCCUUUUUAUCCAAUGAACUGCCAUCCUUUUCAUUAUUUGGAGAUUUUUUUUUGAGAUUUUUUCUAACAAAUAACAUUUUUCAACUGAAGAAGCAAUUGAGGAUUUCAACAAUUUAAACAGUCUAACAAAUGAUGAAUUUUUAUAAAAAUGAAAUAUUUAGUAUCCUAUUAGAAGAGAAUUAUUGCUACUCAUGGUAUAUAUUUUAAUUGAAUAAAGCUUUUAUAUACAGUGUUUUUGACCUACAAAAACAGCAAUUUCAUAUGGUACAAAGUAAUAUAAAUUUUUCUGCAUUUACCUGUGACUAGUUGGAGGUGAGUACAAAGUAUUUUCAAUAGUUGUAAAAUAAUAUGUCUUUACAAUUCUAGGAAAUGAAAUAAACUCUAACAAUAGGCACUUCUUUGUGUGAAAACUUUACUAGUUGAAGCAGGUUGAAAUGCAAUAUUUUUGACUGACAUUUGAUGUGUUCAGUAGCAUACUUGAAGAUCCUAGCGUGCUUACACUGUAGCUUUUGUUAGAGACACAACAUUUUCUAAAUAUUUAAGGACCUAGUCAUGUUCUUGAAAUCCUAGAGUGCUGAUUUUUAAGACAUGAUGCACUGCAUGCUAUUUGCCCAGUCCUAGCAUCAGAUCAGAUUUUUUUUAAUGACUGAAUGCAGUUAGAUAGAUACUGAGUAGAGCCUUCCAAUGUCUGCAAGAAUUAACACUUUACAUGGCAGUUCUUGAGUUGUGCUCAUUGUUAAUGGAUUGUGGGGUCUUAAACCCUCAGUUGCUUACAGUUUCAAUAGUUGUUUUGUGAAAAUGACCACCUCUCCCAAGCUAGUCAAAAGAUCUGUGAUUUGUAAUGCAAUUCUUUCAUUUUCUAUUUCCAAGUAACUUUUUUUAACUUACAAACAAGUAAUUUUUUCUUCAGGUAUUUAGGUCUUCAAAGUAUCUUAUUUAAAUAAGAAUGUGUUCAAACUGUUCAAAGAACAACUACAAGAAUGUGGUUGAUUGUGACAAUGAAUCAUAGGCAAACUAUAAGCGUAACUGAUUUUAAUUUCAAUUAAUUUCUUAUUAUAUAUGAUUUUAAUUUCUUAUUAUUAUGAUUUCAAUUAAUUUUCUUAUAGUUCUACCUUUGUCUCUAAAUAACACUAACUCAAAAAUUAUCUAGAUCCUUUUUGGUAGGGAAAGUGAUGAACUCUAAGAAUGGCCAAAUACUAAUUUGCCUAGUUUGACCCAAAGAAAGCUGUUAUACAAAUUAGUGUAGCUUUCUUAAGAUAAGUGAUGAGCUUCCCUAAACAUUUAAAAAUAUUCAGUGAUGGAAAGAAGUACACACAGGUGGAAUAAUCUUCCAGUAGUAGCAUUGCACCUUUUCGGUGUAAUUCUUUCCCUUCACUGAAAGGCCCCAUCUCUCACACACACACACUCAGAGGCAGGAAAUCUUGGAGUUUCUCCUACAUUCUUGUUUUGCCAAAGUUCACCCUGGCUGACUAUCGGUAGUUAGGCUCUCUCCCCAAAGCUAGGUUACUAAUGGAAAGUUCUAAAGCAUCAGUUCCUUUCUCAGAACUUGCUUUGUUAAUAUCACUAGACUUCCUGGUACACUUGCUUCUAGAUGCUACUGAACUAAUACUGAAACAGUUUAGCAUGUAAAGAAAAACAAUUCUUCAGGUUGAGGGCUUAGAAUUUAGAUUUGUGAUUAGUGUUUUCCUUUUGUGUGAAAUACUGUUACGAUUCUUGUUAUCCAUAUUAGAAGAUUAUGUACAUAAAACUGAAGAUUUUCUUGUACUAGUUUAUUCUUCAUAGAUUAACACAGUAUAAAGAAAUCCAAUUUUUGGUGGGGUUUUUUAUUUUAAGACUCCCAAUCCUGACUAGUAAUAGGAAAAAAACUCAGUAGUGUGGGUCACCAUGAAGUCUGCCAACUUUAAUCAUCCAAAUAUGUAUCAGGAGUCUUCAAUAUUUUUUCAAACUUGUUCAUCUUGAACAAAUUAAGAGUGCUAGUACUUGUCCAACACAUUAUAGUGAUUGUGUUUAAUCGUACAAAUAUAUAAGCAAUGAAAAGGGAGCUCUAAAUGGUUUUGGAUUUUUUGCAGUGUAUGGGUUUCAUAUGCAUGAACAUUUAUGCUAUUUUAGAUUUUUUAAUUAAAAAUUUAAAAGUAUUGAGACUCCCAAAAUUUAUUUGUAAAUAGUGGUUUAGAACUCUAUAUAAGAUGAUUAGAUUCUUAGGGAAGCUCAUAAAGGCUUAUUUAAAGCAUGAUGUAGUUAACCUGUAGUAUCAUGCUGUGUGAUAGCUUCUUUAGGGAACCAGUCAGUGUAGGUGGAAGAAAGGAGCAGAGCUCUUUUCUUCUUCCUGAUGUGAUUCAGGAAGUUCAAGUUUUUUGGUGUGUUUCCCAGUUGUCUUCUUACCUCUCUGGUGGGAGGCUAUAUAAGCCAACUUGCCUUUUCCCUUCCUGGAUGCCCUGUGCUUCAGAAUUUCCUAUCUUUCAUCCAAUCAGAAUUCCUCUUUCUUUGUGUGGCUGUGGUUGACUAAACUCUAAGGGAAAGGUGUUUUCUAUCAAGAUGUGCAAAUGAAGAUCAUGAAGAAAGUAGCAUUCAAUUUCUUUUUUUAAGGGGGUUUAUUCAGAAUGAAUCUUUACUAUCUAAGAUUUCAGACAAAAUGACCACAUUUCAGGCACCAGAAGGAAGCAGUAUUUUUUUUUUUGAAUUGGCUGGUACUUUCUUGAAAGUACUUCACAAUUUCCUUUAGAUUGUUGGGAUUUUAAGUUUCUUCUACUUCUCUGAUCUCAGAGGUUUUCUUCUCAUUUACAAAUGUUAGCAACUUCUCCUUUUUUGUAUUUCAUCUAGCCAACAGAGCAAUAUGGAAGUCACAUCUUCAGUUUUCCAACUCUUGGUACAAUGAUGGAAGUUUAGAGCCACCCUUGGAGUAAGGAGGAUUGGUAUGGCAUUAACAUCUCCCAAGACAAGUGGUCUAGGGGAAAUGAAGGGAAGUAAGUGGCUAUAUGUAAGCCAGACAUUAAUACAUCAAAGGCUGCCUGUAUUUCAUUGAAGACUUUUCAUGAAACCCAGUGGAUAAGCUUCAUCUUUGUUAUAGUUUGUCAAAUUACUUGCAAUUAUACUAAAAUGUAUUCUAAAUACCUGUACUUUCUUGUUCUGUAGAUGAUGUAGAUGAUGUUGCUUGUUAGUUAAAAUAUCUUAUAAAAGAAAGUCCUGCUUCUUAUCAUGAUGUAUGUGACUUAAAUGACUGUUUCAUAUUAAAACUAUUUCUUCCUUAUGUACUGUUUACAUAUACCUCUUUUUGGGAUAUUAGUUCAGUACUUUUAUACAAACUGAGUGUGUUCCACAUUGGUGACAUGUAUUUUUGCAGUAAUUUUUUGUUUUGUUCAUAGAGCAUGUCUAAAGUAACACAUGCACUAGUGCUGUGGUCUGUGGCAAAAUUACUGUAAUUCAAAUUGGAAAAUAAAAUGUUUCCAGACUUUGUCCAACAUUUAUUCCUGUGGCAAAGGAAAUUACUAUGUAAUACUAAUUAUUUCUUAUGCUGGUAUGUUUAAGCUACUCUAUGAAGUAAGUGAAACAUCAAUAUUUAUGGAUUAGUAGAUGGCCUGAUAUCUUUGAAAUAGAAGAGAGGGGUACAUUUUGAUGUUAGCAAUUCAUAACACUCAUAAUACAAUAAAUACUUCUUAAAAUUUUGAUCUUCCUCUUACAGUUAAAACUUACUGAAGUUAUCUUGACAGUUCAUAUUGGGAUAUUUUUAGCCCAUACCAUUAAAAUUAUAUACUAGAUUUUGAACUUAAUCUAAUGUUUUUCAACCAAAAGAGGUAUCAUUCACUCUACCAUAACCAAAAUGAUUAGUUAUACUUCAUCUAUUAAGAAACUACAGGCAUACCUCAGAGAUACUGAAGAUUCUGUUCCAGAUCAUGCAAUAAAGCAAAUACCACACUAAAGUGAGUCACACAUUUUUUAUUAUGUUUACACUACCAUGUCUGUAGUUUAUUAUAAAGUGUGCAAUAAUGUUAUGUCUAAAAAACAAUGUACAUACCUCAAUUAAAAAUACUUUAUUGCUAAAAAAUGCUAUCAUCUGAGCAUAUUGGGAAAAUGGUGUCAAUAGACUUGCUCAACACUGAGUUGCCACAAACCUUGAAUUUGUAAAAAAUGCAAGAUCUAUAAAGUAAAUAAAACAAAUCGCAAUAAAAUGAGGUAUGCCAGUAUCACAAUACCAUGAAACUCUUCUAAUUUACCUAGAAUAUUAGCAUCUAUGACACAGGACUUCAUUGGUGUUUACGUUGUACUAUCUGAUGAAAAGAUUUGUUAGUAAAUGUCAAGAUUUUAAAGAAAAAUGUAUAGUCUUGGAAAAUUUUUAAGAUCUUUAGAGGCAUUUAUUGAAGAAUACUAGUUUAAAAGUAUUCUUUUGUCAUUAAAACAAGUACCCAAAAUAAUUAUAGUAGGUAAUACUUGGCCAGUGCAAAUAUGUAUGUUUGAAAUUAUAUGCUUGAAAGAAAAAGAAUGCUUGUGAGUGCUUAACCUGCAUAUCUUUUUAAAAUAUUCAAAUUUUUAGACUUUUACCAAUUCAAACUAUCCUGAAUUAAUAACCUUUUAUUAUGUCAAUGAUAUAUAUUACAAGAUAAAUAUCUACCUAUGCUAUGUUAGUGAUAUCUCUAUACAUCAUUUUUUGGCAUGGUUGUUGUGGUACGUUUUGUACAUUUGAUUGUUGACUGUUGCUAGGAUUGACAUAGCAAUAAAUCUGAUUCAGUUCUUAAUAUUUUUAAAAAUGCCAAAUACCAUACUGUAUCAUCCCAUUAUAUUUUACUUGAAUACCCAGUGUUUUCAUUGGUCUAUUUUUUUUGUGUUAAAAAUUUAGUAUUUGUGUUAGGAAUAUUUUUCUGGUGUUUUCACAUACAGUCUUUUAGAACUGGGUCUGUUUAUUUAAAUCAGAGGUUUAAAGAAGUGUUAGUAUUAAGUGAUUCAUGAAUUGCUUUGUGGAAAAAUUUAAAUAAACUAUGAAGUGACUAGGUUACCCCCAUAUUGUUUAUUUUCUUUAUAUCAUUAAUGUACAGAUUACAUUUUCAGAGAAAUAAAAUUGGCUUAGUAACUGAUAGAAUUUAGUAGAUAAUGGAUAGAUUGAAUAUCUAAGGGCUUCCAAGUAGUAAACCAAAUAAUUCUCAAAUCUGAGUUACUUUUUAAUAUUUGCUAUAAAUAGUGGUAAGCCAGUUCUUUUUCUUUUAAAGACAUUUAACUCUUACAAUUUUCUCCUUUUGAUUGCUUUUACCUCUUUUUUAAACACCAUGCUAGAAUUUAAAAUUGGGAGUUUUAACUCAUCUUCCACAUUGUAGUUUUUUAUUCUAAGUAAGAUAAGUAGAGGUUCUAUCAAAACAGCCCAUGUUAUUGUUGGUCAUUCUUUUCAGGGAUCAUGCUAAAUGUCAUUUGUGUAUUGUAUAAACAAUGUUAUUUAUCAGUGUAUAAACCUACUAUUAGAAAUUAUGUAUGGCAGGCUUUCUUGAACAAUAUGUGUUGUAAGUUUGUUUCUUGUA